UUGAGAAAGAUAGGCAUUAGCGUCCUAUUAAAAUGGCGGCCGCAGAAAUAGUAUCAAAUACUUCUAGUAUAUCAAAAAUAGAAAGUUUUCUAAAUGAUCCAAGCUAUAAAGAAAUUAUUGAAAACUCAUCUACAUUUAAUUCAAGACUAUGUGCAGAAAGAAGGAUGCGGAUGCCAUUUAUCGAUACCCAAACUGGUGUUGCACAAAGCCAUUCAAAUUUAUUUAUGACAAAAAAACAGCGAAUGCCUGGAGCAAAAGAAGGACAGGUUUACACAUAUCCAUCGCAACGAUGGAGAAAAGCCCGUCGUCAAUACCUGACCAUGUCAUCAACUCGCUGGGGUUGGAUUGGUGCUGAUGCUGCUGAAAAUGCAGGAGAAGGUGAAAACAGUUCUGGAAUACCAGAUGGUCUCGGGGGUGACGAUAGCCGAGAUGGAUCUCAAACAGCUGCUAAAGAUGAUCCUAAGGAAUGGUUCUAUGAUGAACUAGCCAUGGAAGAGAUGGAAACAGGUGAAGAGCCUGAAGGCGACUCAGAUGAGGAUUACUAUGAUGACACAUAUGCAAAUAGACGUAAACGUCGCGGUGGUGUUACGCCCAGUGGACCGGGCUCCAGGGGUGGACGUACACGCAAAUCACAGCCUGAGGAAGGAACGCCGAAGCGAGGACGCGCUGGUCGAGGCCGCAAACGGGCAGGCCAAGGUACGCUCCCUUAUGAAGUACCUGGUGAUGCUGAGAAACCCUUCGGCUGCGAACUGUGCGGUGCGAAAUACAAAACUCGUCCGGGUCUGACAUACCACUUUACGCACACGCACAAGGAGCCAAGCGGCGGCGCAGGCGCAGCCGGCAGUGACAAUGACUCACGUGACAGUCGGCCAGCCAAUUCGCCAGCUCCUAACCAACCUGCCACAGAGUAUCAGGACAGCUAUGUCACGUUUCUGAAUAAUCCUGCUGGAGCUCCUUCAACUGUGUCAGCCCCUACGCCCCCCGCUCGUCGUCCGUCCCCCCCGCCGCGGCCAGCCUCAGCCGAUACGUCAUCAUCGGACUCUGCGCACGCGCCGCUUGUUCCACCUCAGCCUGCGGGUCCGACCGCAGGUGGAAGCACUGUCCGUGAAAGCAAGAAGGGCCCUGAUGGAAAGCCAUCACCAUCCCCAUAUUGCGACUUCUGUCUUGGCGAUGACCGUGAGAACAAAAAGACCGGCAUUCCCGAAGAGCUGGUAUCUUGUUCCGACUGUGGCAGAUCAGGUAAGCGCCGUGGUAGACCUCCACGAAACGGCUACAAACCCUGUUACCACCUCGCAAACCGGGUCUGCGAAAUCCACAGACACCUUAGGGACAUAAAACUAAAUGGCGUCGUAGAAAUUCUAACUUCCAUGUCGUACUCGGCCGAUGACUUUGACAGUUUCGCAUCGAAAACUAAAUUAUUAGAAAACUAUGAUUAUGGAGAUUAUACAACUCCACCCUCGUCUAGACAGAGUCCCGUGUACGAAAGUGUUGAAGUCAAAAUUAACGGGUUUAAUUAAAUAACUGGGUAGCUAGGUAAUCUAUGAUAUGCUUAAAAUCAUAUUAUGUUUGAGGCGUGUCCGACUCGAAGGACCAAUAUUUGAUGAAUACAUAUGGAAGGAAUUAAUAAUAAUUUUGUAUAAAAUAUAAGUUUGUUUUCGCUUUUCAUGUUGCGAUAUGGGAUACUAAAACCUUAGCCUUAAAAUAAGCUUAAUUUUUGAGUCAGUUAUUAUUAGAAACUUAAAGAAAGAAAAUUUCUAUAUAAGGCUACCUAGCAAACCAUAUUAGUAUAUAGCUCGCAAAGACCAAUAAAUUUAUUAUAUGAAAUAUUUUUUGCGGUCACCAAAUUUAUGCUUCAUCACAUAAAGUGCGCUUUUGUAAACCAAUAGAAAUAUAAUCUCAUAAUAUACUAACCGUACAUAAUAAUAUAGUACAGACCUAUUAUUGUAAGUACAACAUAGACUGUAGUUAUAUUUGUGUUAAAUUUGGCUGAUAUGAAGAUUAUCUAAUGAUUUUAACAUGCUAUAUAAUAUGCUUCAAUUUAGCUAGCUAAUAAUAUAAUAGCUAUUUGCACAACUUAAGUGUUCAUAUUUUUCUAUUGGUUAACAAAAACCUACAUAGUGUGGCGGCUUAUCAUGCUUCUUACCAAAGAUUUGGGUCUCGUACAUACAUACAUUCCAUGUUAUACUCUAUUAGAUGUUUACGUUAUGGGCGCUUGGCUUGCAUAUUUUUAUUUAAAGAAUAUUGUAAAAAAUAUAGUAUAGGUGAGUUUCAUUCUAUAUAUAGUGAUUUAAAAAGUUCUAAAAUGUUAUUUUGUUUAGGAAAAUUGCAAUACAAUUAUUUCAGUUUAUUUGUGAUUUAUCCAUAGCAUUGUCGCAGCGCUCUAUAGGGUUAAGUUUACUUAGUUUAAUAAUAUAUAAAUAUUUUGUUUAUACAUAGUGUACCAGUCGGUAUCGCGUAUUCAAUGUUAGUUCUAGUUAUUUUAUUGUGUUGAAUGUUAAUUGAAAUUUUAAUUAGAAGCUUAGUACUUAUUAGAAUUUGUGAUGCCAUGUGUUUGGAUGCCAAAAAUCACCUAGUUUCUCAGUGUGCAUCUCGUCACCGUUUUACCAUUAUGAAGCCAAAUACAUGUUAAAAAAUUGUUGUAAGAGUUAUUAGUCACAAAUUAUUAUGAUAAUAUAUUUAGAAAAGUUUAUCUCGAAUAUAAAAAAAUAAAAAAAGUUUGUCAGGUGUGGGGUUCGAACCCACGCUCCCUCUCGGGAACCAGAGCUUAAAUCUGGCGCCUUAGACCACUCGGCCAACCUGACAUACAGAUCUACCGUGAAAUUUCACAAGGUUUUAAUGAACUUGUUCGUAACUUUAAGCGUUUUAAUGCAUUAUAAGAUAAUGUCUGGUAGAUAUUUAAAGAAAUCGUGUUUAACCCUCUAUAAACAUCAAUAUAAUGGAGUUUUUGGGUACAAAUAUCAAAUACAAAGAAACUUUUUGUUCCUUCCUGACAAAAAUUUAAAAUUGAAUUUUAAAUUUUUGUCAGAAAAAAAAAUUAAAUUUCUACCAGAAAUGUUAUACGUUGAUCAAAAAUUACUCCCUUGCGUAUGACAAGGAUGAAUAUUCAUCUAGUCAAUGCACCAAACAAUUAUGGGUCCAAAAUUAGUUUAGCUAAUUGGAGCUUAGGUAGUGCCUUAAAUCGUCUGCAUUUUAAAUGCAUUAAAUUGUUUAUGUUACCAAUUCGAUGUUAUCUUUGAAAAUGUUAAAAUCCUAGGCCUUGAGCAAUAAAUAUAUUUACGAAAUGAAAUUUUGUAUGAUAAAAACUAAUCGUUCAUUCAUUGACUCUGAUAGUGAAGGCACUGUUUAUAUGAUUAUAUAUUAUUCAUAGUUUUAUAUAAUAGGUUUCAUAUACACAUAUAGCGACCCUUAUCUUUUCGGAAUUAUGUUAGUUUAUAUAAUUAGAACCAAAAAUAAACCAAUUUGAGAAAACUUCAAUUUUAGUUAAAUGUUUUUUUUUAUAUUAAUCGAUUCGAAAGAUUAUUUACGCCAACACAUAUGAAGUGUGAUAAAUUUAUAUUAUUUCUUGGACAAGAAAUUAUAUUUUAUUCAAAUCAAAUUAUUUACAUAUGACCGGUGUUUAAAUUUUCAUAUAUUCAUAUAAGUUAUGACAUUUUCUAGUUAUGAACAAAAUCCAAAGAGUUAUUGCACUGAGAUGUUUUAUAAUGACUGUGCCCCAAACACAUCUGAUACGCUUUUAGCUUAAGAGUCAAACGGAAGCUGGAUCAGAUGGGUCUGUGGCGGCAAAUGUCAUUCAUACUUUUGUUAAUUGUUUUAUAUUUUAUAUUAAUGUGACCAAACGAUUGGCUAUGUUAUCUGUAGUGUUAAUAAUAAUGUAGGUUUGUAUACAAAUAUUUACACUAUAAGUUAUACCAUAUAUUUGUGAAAUGUAUAUGUAUCUCACAAUUUCAAGGACGCAGGUUUGAAAUGACUUAUAUUUAAGUCUUAAAAGCAAUUUCGUUUUAUUAUGAAAAAAUUUAAAUAGUUAAAUGGGCAUUCAAGAGUAGGGAAGUGCAUAAUUGAAAGUGAGGCAUAAAUUAUAACGUGAUGUGUAGAAGAUCUCCAAAUACUUAGCUAAAAAGACCAAAUGGACUUUGGACGCGUAUUUCGGAACGUUUUUGACUUUUAUUUGACAUGACCGUUAAUACUUGGGGUAUGUUUUGCAAUACGAGCCUAUUAGCUCAAUUGUCUGAUUCAAUUAUUACAAUUAAAAUGGGACGUUUUUGGGAUUUCACUUCGAUAGUGUCCUUAUGGCGGAAUGUUAUAAUUUGUGCCCAAUAGGUGGCGCUGACACAGAAUUUCCCUUGUAAUCGGUGUUUAAUUAAAUUUUAUGAG